CUCACAGCCUGAUUAAAGCUCCUAUUGCAGCACGCCACUCAGUAUGGUGCUGCACUCCUGGAUCUAGCUACUACAGGCAAAUACAGCAGGGGGAGAACAGAAAGGCCUCUGUGUGUGUGCGCAUCAACAGCAUCAUGGACACAGAAUAUUCUAAGAGAGUGUACCAGGGCGUCCGAGUGAAGCACACGGUCAAAGACCUGCUGGCAGAGAAAAGGUCCCGGCAGACAAACGGACCCAGAUACAGCGGAGGAUCAACCACUCCGCCAUCAUUCGUCCAGAUGCCAGGUGCCCACAUGCUGCCCAGCUACUAUGGCAUAAGAGGACGUUCCUUCAUCUCUGACUCAGAUUUCUGCCCAUCCACCAAGCAGUUCUCCCCUGAUGUCUAUUCCUCCACCCUUGGGGGUAAGCCUCUAGGCUGUGAGCCCUCCACCAUGAGCAGCUACUCCUCGCUCAUAGACAGCUACUACCCAGAAACCUUUGGUGACUACCGCAGCGCCGCCACCUUCUCCAGCUCCGGCGGGUCCUUCCUGCCCUCGUCAGCACUGUCCUCCCUGCUGCCACCCUUCGGAGGAGAGUCCUCGCAUCUGUUUCUGAGAGACUCGUGGGAGCAGUCUGAGCCAGUAUCUCAGGUGGAGGCUCUGUGUCAGGACAACCUGGCCUCCGUCAGCGUCCCACCCUCCAUGCCCAGCCCCGAACCUCCAGGGAGCCCCUCCCAGUACCGCUCUCCGAGUCGAAGCUCCUCCCUGGGCCCCGUCUCCAGCAGCCAGCCCUACACUCUGCACUCUCUGGAGGAUGUCCACUAUCACCCUUUAACCUCCACCAGCACUUACCCCACCACACCCUCCUCCUCCUCCUUCCCCUGCCCUCCCUACAUGAGCAGCCCCGUCACAGAUCUGGUGACCAAGAUGGUGACGGAGGAGGCGGCCGACGGCCACGGCAGCCUAACCCCCGGCGCCGAAGCUCAUUCCUCCUGGGCUAAGGAAGAGGGGGUGAGCGCCUGGUCGCCCUAUGAGAUUCGGAGGGCCUACUGACUGAAUUCAGAAGAUUCAGACGAUUUUACAGACACUGAUGAACUCAACACUGCUGUAAAUUCUUGGGGAGGUUUUUCCAAGAAAAUUUCAAUGUCAAUUUGCUAAAAAUAUUCAAAUUUUAAAGUGUCCCUGUUGUGCUCAUUCCCUGUACCCUUGCACUUUGUGCUCAGCUCUUCAUUUCACCCUCAGUUGGAAACACGCUGUGUUGGCUGCUGUCUCUGUGAGACCCUUCAAAAGCAUCUGGGUGUGAUGAAAGUGAGACAGUGCUGAAAUGCUCUAAACCGCGGAGUCGGAGCUGCUCGAUGAACAAUGUGGUAAAACCAUUUCUUAAUUACUCCAAGCAUCUGAGCAUAUCCGACAAUAUAUACAUCAAGAAAUAUGACUGUACCCUCGUAUCUGUUAACCAACACAUUUAUCUGUAAGACAGCAAAGCUUAGCCACAUCAACUGCACACUUUGCUGGCACUGAAGGGGAGAGGCUCAGGUGGCUGAGGGGAAUGCAAGGCUUCUCAUUUGAACUCGCUCCAGGUGUCACAUAGUGACAUAGAUGAGCCACAGAAAAAAGAGUGAUGAGGUUCAUUUUGAAAACCACGUGAACAGAAAAGCCAGACAGGGGGCACACAGGGGCACUUUAACCUGUUGGUGGCCUCAUUCUGCCAAAGGUCCAGUCUGACUGUAGAAUAGCACGAUUUCUUUUUUUUACCACUAUUUCCCGUACGGUGUGGACGUGAUCACAAAGCAUAGCUUAACUUAUAAGGCUGGAGUUAAAGAGCGUAUACCAAAGCAAGGAUAAUGGCUUUGAGGGCGUAUAUUCUGAGGAUUUUGUUUUUUCAUAAUGUGUGAACAUGCUGCAUCUUAAUCAUUGUACCCUGAAGGUUCCUGUAACUU